GAGGAGGAGGAGGCGGGGGGCGUCGAGUCCAGUCCGGUGUCUGAGCAGACGUACGAACACUCCUCCAGGACGCAGGACGCACGGAGGACGCGCGUAAAAGCGACCGAGCUGCUUCCAGCUGAACAGUGAGCGACAGCGGCUGAACUCCUGCAGCGAAGUUUGGACUUGACCGUGCGAUUCUUUGUGUCGAGCCUCAGGUGCAGCUGGCUGUUGUUUUGUGUAGCGAACCAGACGCGUGUUUCCUUAUGAUGCUCGGACAUCAGGGGAGUGUUUCCUCCACGCUUUGGAUACAUAAUGUGAGCACUCGUGUCGGAAUAAACGGGGACGCUGCGUAAAAAAGGAAACUUUCUCAGUGUGACCAGUGUGGAUCCUGCCUGCAGUGCGGAAUGGGGCCGUCAUCUGCGCUGCUUCUCAGCGCUGUUUUGGUCUGGGCUGAAGGUUCCUCUAUUCACUACUCCGACGGUCGGUCCAGCCGGCUCUCCAUGGAGAAAACCUUCGGGCGGUUGGUCAAAGACUCUCAGUGCCAUCACAUGUUGAAGCACCUUCACAAUGGAGCCCGAAUCACUGUGCAGAUGCCUCCGAACGUAGAGGGUCACUGGGUGUCCACGAGCUGUGAGGUGAGACCAGGCCCGGAGUUCCUGACACGCUCUUACAGCUUCUUCUCCAACAACACCUUCCAGGCUCACCAGUUCUACUACGAGGACAACCACUGCACCAAACCCACCUACACUCUGGUGAUCCGCGGCCGUCUGCGCCUGCGCCAGGCCUCCUGGAUCAUCCGCGGCGGCACGGAGGCGGAGUACCACCUCCACCGCAUCCAGAUGGUUUGUCACACGGCCACCGUGGCCAAAGAGCUCAGCCAGAGGUUCAACAGCAGCUGCAGGGGGGCCGUGAAGGGCCCCUGGGAGCCCAAUGUCAUCUACGAGCUGUGGAGCGAGGAGGGCGGCUUCGACUGCUCCAGGGAGCUGAACUUCGCCAUGCACGAGCUGCAGCUGUUGAGGUUGGAGAGGCAGUACCUGCAUCACAACCUGGAUCACCUGGUGGAGGAGCUGUUCCUGGGGGACAUCCACACCGAGCCGUCCCAGAGGCUGUACUACAAACCGUCCAGCUACCAGAUGGCCCUGCAGAACGCCAAGAAUCAUGACCACGGCUGCAUCGCCUGUCGCAUCAUCUACCGCUCCGAUGAGUUCCACCCUCCCAUCCUGCCGCCACGGGCCGACCUGACCGUCGGGCUGUACGGUCAGUGGGUGAGUCAGCGCUGCGAGGUUCGUCCCGAGGUCCUCUUCCUCACCCGUCACUUCAUCUUCCACGACAACAACCACACCUGGGAGGGCCACUACUACCACUACUCUGACCCCGUCUGUAAGCACCCCACCUUCACCAUCUACGCCCGUGGACGCUACAGCCGAGGCCUUCACUCCAACCGCGUCAUGGGCGGGACGGACUUUGUCUUCAAAGUGAACCACAUGAGAGUAACUCCCAUGGACCUGGCCACCACCUCCCUCCUCAACGUCUUCAACGGUAACGAGUGUGGGGUGCAGGGGUCCUGGCAAGUCGGGGUGGAGCAGGACGUCACUGUGACCAACGGCUGCGUGGCACUUGGUAUCCGGCUGCCGCACACAGAAUACGAGCUUUUCCGCAUGGAGCAGGAUGCCCACGGUCGCUACCUGCUCUACAACGGCCAGCGUCCCAGCGACGGCUCCAGCCCGGACCGGCCCGAGAAGCGGGCCACCUCCUACCAGAUGCCCUUGGUGCAAUGCUCGGCCAGCAGCCUGCCGUCCGACCGCAGCAUAGUGGACGGCAGCGACAGGCCUCCGCUGCACCACAAUGACUGCACAGGAUGGCACGGAGGCAGCCAGACACAAGUCAAGGUGGCCCUCGCUGCCUUCGUCACGUCUCUGCUUAUCUGCUGGCAAAGCUAGAGAGCUUUUUCUACACACAAACAAGAGUGUGGAUUACAAGACUGCUUGUUAAACCAGCACAUUUAAACUUCUUUUAUGUGACAGAGGAUGGUGCUCCUGAUCCUCUCAACCACCAAAGACUCGACACUGCUGCACCACAGAAACUGCACUUUACAGUGGAACCAAAGACUCACCUGUUUGUGUUUCCACAACUAUACAAAGAUGUCUAUAUAUCCACACAGACCUGAGAGUAUGUUUUAUACAGUAUAUUUACCUACAACUAGCAAAUCAUUUCUUGAUACUGCUAAAGGACACAAUUUUAAGUGUGAAAACUUUGUCUAUGAUGAACUCUUGACAAGAAGCUCCCGUCUGGAGGAGAUGUGCUUGUGGACAGUCAUUGUUUACAGUAAAAAGGGAACUACACUUCUAAUGUUCAGUCAUUUUCUUUAAACAUAAAACUCAACUCUGCAGCAUGUAUGUGAUCGUUUCCACAUUAAGAUCAGGUUAUUUUGGAAACAAUAAAACUGUUUCAUCUGCUGCCAGUUAUCUUCCAUUAUAAGGAGACUUUUGUUCCAUCACUGAUCAGAUAGUUGCUUCCUCACUGAACGACGCUUGACUCCUUGUUUCCAUUGGGGCUAUUUUGAAAUUAUGUCAUGUUGUCAAAUUGCUGGAAAACAAUUGACUUUAUAAGGACUGGGCAAAGUGGCUAAAUGUAAUAAUGUAUGAAAUCACUAAAUCGAAUUAAUGCAACUCUGUGCAACAUUACAAUAAAAGUAAACUUAAUAAAUCAAAAAGACAAAACAUUUAUCCCGUUGCCAGUCACGUACACUGGCAUGUGCGUA